AUGGGAACCUCAUUUCUUCUUCAAUCCAACGAUUCAUCUUCCAUCAUCACAAACCCUAACUCUAACCAGAGUACCCGUAGAAAUCGGUUACCGACCGCCGUGAACCCUAGCUCGCGGAAUGAAAGUCGUUCCCGCUCCGGCGGUGAUAGAAACUGCACCGUGAAACACCCUGGAUUGAAUCUUGUAAUGGGUCAGGUGAAGAUUCUCAAGAGAGGAGAGAAGCUGAGUCCUGACAAUGUGAUGAAGAGUGAGGAUGAGGGAUGUUAUGAUUCGAUGUUAGGAUCAACCGAUCGGCUUGGUCCAGAUCCUCAGACGGUGGAGAAGCAGGUUAGGGUUCUUGAUUUGACGGGUGGACUUUAUGCCGGACAGACUUCUGUUUUAUCGCCUCCGCCGAGUUCUGUACCGGUUCCCGGAUUUCUUGGGACGAAAAAAGGCGCCGUCAGUGAUGAUUUGGUGGUUUCUCUGUUUAAGUGA